AGCCCGGCUCUCCGGAAGGAGACGUGGCGGCGGUUGGGCCCUGGGCUGCCUGGGCGUUUAAGUAGUCCCGCCGCCUCCUCCUCCUCCUCCUCCCCUCCUCUCCUCUGUGGCAGAGGAGGUUGUGUCGGCGGCUGGCGAGAUCGGCGGUGGAGGGUGGAGGAUGGAGGAAGGAGGCGGCGGCGCGCGGAGUCUGGGCCCGGGCGGACCGGUGCUCUUGGUCCUCUGCGGCCUCCUAGAGGCGUCCGGCGGCGCCCGAGCGCUCCCCCAACUCAGCGAUGACAUCCCUUUCCGAGUCAACUGGCCCGGCACCGAGUUCUCUCUGCCCACAACUGGAGUUUUGUAUAAAGAAGAUAAUUAUGUCAUCAUGACAACUACACAAAAAGAAAAAUAUAAAUGCAUUCUUCCUCUUGUGACAGGUGGGGAUGAGGAAGAAGAAAAGGAUUAUAAAGGUCCUAAUCCAAGAGAGCUACUGGAGCCACUAUUUAAACAAAGCAGUUGUUCCUACAGAAUUGAGUCUUAUUGGACUUAUGAAGUAUGUCAUGGAAAACAUAUUCGGCAGUACCAUGAAGAGAAAGAAAGUGGUCAGAAAGUAAAUAUUCACGAGUACUACCUUGGGAAUAUGUUGGCUAAGACUCUUCUACCUGAAAAAGAACAAGAAGCAGAAGAAAAGGAAAAAUCAAAAGAGAUUCCCACUAAAAAUAUCGAAGGUCAGAUGACACCCUAUUAUCCUGUGGGAAUGGGAAAUGGUACACCUUGUAGUUUGAAACAGAACCGGCCCAGAUCAAGUACUGUGAUGUACAUAUGUCAUCCUGAAUCUAAGCAUGAAAUUCUUUCAGUAGCCGAAGUUACAACUUGUGAAUAUGAAGUUGUCAUUUUGACACCACUCUUGUGCAAUCAUCCUAAAUAUAGAUUCCGAGCAUCUCCUGUGAAUGACAUAUUUUGCCAAUCACUGCCAGGAUCACCAUUUAAGCCCCUCACCCUGAGACAGUUGGAACAGCAGGAAGAAAUUCUAAGGGUGCCUUUCAGGAGAAAUAAAGAGGAAGAUUUGCAAUCAACAAAAGAAGAGAGAUUUCCAGCAGUCCACAAACCCAUUGCUGUUGGUUCUCAGCCUAUGCUCACUGUUGGAACAACACACAUAUCCAAACUGACAGAUGACCAACUUAUAAAAGAGUUCCUUAGUGGUUCUUACUGCUUUCACGGGGGUGUUGGUUGGUGGAAAUAUGAAUUCUGCUAUGGCAAACAUGUCCAUCAAUACCAUGAGGACAAGGAUAGUGGGAAAACUUCUGUGGUUGUCGGGACAUGGAACCAAGAAGAGCAUAUUGAAUGGGCUAAGAAGAACACUGCUAGAGCCUAUCACCUUCUAGACGAUGGUACCCAGACAGUCAGGAUGGUGUCACAUUUUUACGGGAAUGGAGAUAUUUGUGAUAUUACUGACAAACCAAGACAGGUGACUGUAAAACUAAAGUGUAAAGAAUCAGAUUCUCCGCAUGCUGUUACUGUGUAUAUGCUAGAGCCUCACUCCUGUCAGUAUAUCCUUGGGGUUGAAUCUCCAGUGAUCUGUAAAAUCUUAGAUACUGCAGAUGAAAACGGACUUCUUUCUCUCCCCAACUAAAGGGUAAUAAAGUUCAGGGGAAGAAAAGAACACUGAAAGUCUUAAUGGUUUCUGACCAUGUGUCUCAUUAUAGAGUUCUCAGCCACUGAACCUCAUCUAAAGGAUCAUAUAAAAGGACUCUCAGCCACUUUGUGAAUAUACAGUGGGGCCUUGACUUACGAGUGUCCCGACUAACAAGUUUUUCGAGAUAUGAGCUGUCUCUCGGCUGAUUUUUUGCUUUGAGUUGCGAGCAAAAAUUCAGGUUACGAGCCAGCUUCAGAUACCCCACCGCUAGUUGGCACAGCGAAUGUCACAGUGAACGCCACAAUCUCAGCCCAGCAUCACGUGUCUCACUCGUUCACUUUAUGAUUUGACAUACAAGUAAUUUGAGUUACGAGCUCCGUCACGGAACGAAUUAAACUCGUAAGUCAAGGCCCCACUGUAUAUGUGUUUAUAAGAGGUAUUGAUAAACUUCUAAGGCAGGCAUUUGUCUCACAUUUUUCAUUAUUGUUCUGCCUUAUGAACUAGUUGUGUUUUUCUUUGCUUGGAUAAUGUGAUUCCAAAGUAAAUCUCAUCCAAGCAGUUUAGACUCCAGCCUAAUGAAAUGCCAUAAUUGUACCUAUUGAAAGUUUUUAAAUAAUAGAUUUAUUAUGUAAAUUAUAGUAUAUAUAACUAAUGAAGUAAAGAUAAUGAAGAAAGAAAUUGUUAGGUUGUUUAAAUGGGAGACUAUGUAAACUGUGUCCUAGUGACUGAAAUCCUUUCAACAAAUUUUUAUUUUGCAACUGCUCUCUACCCAGUAUUGAACUAAAAACUGGGCACAUAGUAGAGCCUCACAUGUAAGUUUUUGCCUCUGUUAAUCCCAAGAAACUUAUUUAUAAUAGGUUGCCCCUCUCAGCAUUUAUCUAUUUCUUUCUCCUUGAUAUGAGUGUGUUUCCCUCCAAGUAUGUUCCUGGUGUACACAGUCAGUGAUUAUUCUCUCAUGACGUAGAAUGACUCACUCUAACAAAACAUACUCUGCUGGCUGUCCUUUGUACUUGCCUACCGUGUACCACAGAUCUUGUUCUGGACAGUUUUACAGCACAAUAUUUAAAGUGAAUAAAAUGUCCACAGCAAUGUUGUCAUAUAGUCAAUGGCAGAUCAUUUAGUUUCUUUAUUUUCUCCACUACCCUAUGACACACAAAUUUGUCCUGUCGUAUUUUAGACAUAUAUAUCUAAAUAAGAACAUAAAAGUGGCCAUAAAAUACUUUACUUUUCCUCCUUUUCAGUAGUUCUGGUCAAAGAUAUUUUUGUUUGAGAAAAGGUUAAUACAUUUGGCUACUGGAAGGCUGUUUGGAGAUUUUAGUAGGAAAUCGCACACACAGAAAGAGCAUGCACUUUAAAUACAAACCUAGGCCCAGAUAUGCCUUAACUUACUAGCUGUGUGAUCCUGAGCAGGUCAGUUCACCUCUUUGGGCAUCACUUCCUCUUUUGUAAGGAGACUGCUUACUUCAUAAGGUGCUUAUGUCAGUAGUUAAUUUUACUUUAUGUCAGAAGCCAAGCCCCAGGACUUGACACCAGGUUCCCAGUAAGUGUUAGCUUCUCUUCUAAUAGGGCCCUUGUUUCCUGUUAACAUUAUAGGACAAGAGACCAAAGCCAUUACAAUUAAUUUAUUUAAUAAAUCAAAAAAUUAUAUUUGUUAUAUCAGUGAACUAAGACAAAUAAAAUUACCCUCACAUUUGGAUUAAUAGUAUAGGAGGGGAGGGAGUUAGAAUUGUGAAAGGUUAGUGCUAGAAGACACUUUGAGAAUAAUUAGGCCAAGUGCUUUCUCUUGUAAGUGGGGGAGGGGGGGUUGGGGGAAUAUCUAAAAAACUGUAUUAGAAUAGUUUAGCUCAGAAGAUCUUAAAAAUACAUAUCAUAAUUAUUUUUAAAUAAAACGUUUUUUUAAAAAUAAGUCAGCCUUCUGUCUUGGCUAACAGCUUCAACUUCUUUGAGGGGAGAACUAAGCCAGCUAUCUCCAUAUUUCUCAUAAGUCUUGGGUCCCUUAUCUGUAAUCUUUGUAGUUUCAUUUGAUCUCUAAAUUGUUUGCUACUACCUCUACUAUGCACCAUCCUGCUUUAACAUAGUAAGUAGGCUGAAUUCCUAAUAGGGGAAAGGGUCCGCUAUGCUAUGCCUAAGGCAUUUUGAGAAGUCUUUUUCAAAGUGGAGACUCUAUUAAGGUGGGUGCUAUCUCAGACCUACUAAAUCAGAUUAUUUUGGACAAAGCCUAUGAAUCUUCAUUUUUAAUGCGCUUCCUCAGUGAUUCUCUAUUUUAUUUUUUAAUAUACUUUUAUUCAUUUCAGAGAGGAAGGGAGAAGGAUAGAAAGAUAGAAGCAUCAAUAAUAAGAGAGAAUCAUCAAUAUUGGCUGUCUCCUGCACGCCCCCACACUGGGGAUUGAGCCCACAACCUGGGCGUGCGCCCUCACCGGAAAUCAGUACCAUGGCCUCCUGGUUCAUAGGUCGAUGCUCAGCCACCAAGCCAUGCCGGCUGGGCUGAUUCUCUUUAUUUUAAAUAUGUUCUGCAGUGAUUAAGAAUCACUGACUUAGGAACUUCUAACAAUGACAUGUGCACUAAUCCUCCUGAUUAGAUUUUCAGGGGAAAAACUAGUAGCUCAUCUAGUUUGACAAGGAGCCUGUAUUUGUUUGGUGUUUUGUUUUUGUUUUGUUUUGCCUGCUUUUCUUCAAGACGCCACUAGAUGGGGCUUGUAGGCCACCUCUAGUUUAUAUCCUUGUCCUGGUUUAAAGAGACUUGGCAACAGAAGACCACAAAUUAUCUCAGCUAAACUGAAUAGCAAGCAUUGUGUUCAGUCCCUGGUGCACUCAUUUUUUCAGUCAGUCUGACAGACAAAGAAAGGCCUGACCUGAUUUCUGACAAUGCUUAAACUUCCUAGAACAUAAUCAGGCCAAAAAAAAAGAACAUAA